CUCUGAUUGGCUGAGAGGGGCAGCACCCUGUGACUUCCGGCCAUGGAGGGCUCAUCCUGAAGAAAGGAGGACAGAGGGGGCUGUUUGCAGGGUCACUGCCAUUUUUACAUAUUGAGAACAUCCGUCUGAUUCGCUGAGGAUGGAUAAAGACCCGAGGUGUAUAACUGAGAUGAUACUGAGCCUCACACUGGAGAUCAUCUACUUACUGACGGGAGAGGAUUAUGGUCCUGUGCAAAAGUCAUCCAACCAGCAUGCGACACCCAGCAGCCAUACCAGCGUGUCCGAAUGGAGCAGAAAUCAAAGCCCCAUCAUGGGGCCUCCACCCCCCUCCCUGAGACCUGAGAGAAACAAAAAGAUCCUAGAAGUCACCCAGAAGAUCAUUGAGCUGCUAUCAGGAGAGGUUCCUAUAAGGUGUCAGGAUGUCACUGUCUAUUUCUCCAUGGAGGAGUGGGAGUAUCUAGAAGGACACAAGGACAUUUACGAGGAUAUCAUGAUGGAGGAUGAAGUGACCCAUAGAACAAAGGGGAACGAAAAACCUGACGGUUGCCAUGUUGAUAUUAUGUUGUCAGAAAAUGGAGGACUUGACAAAGGCUCUUCCAAGACAUUCCACCCUGAACAUUUCCAGGGUGUCGGUAAAGAUCUAGCCCCUAUAGUGCACUGUCUGGAAAGCGUUUAUAAUCAUAGGAGGAAUGCAUCACAAGGCCAAAACCUACCUCUAAUCAUGAGAGAUUCCACUUCCCAGACCGGAGAGGGACCAGACACUUGUGGUAAAGAACAUGGUCUUUUUCGACCAAAAGAGGAGUCAUCUUCGCUCAACAAUGUCACGUUUAAGGCUACGGAAGAGAUUGACCAAAACUCUAUUGAGGAAAAAUUAGCAGACUUGAAUUUAUAUCCAAAAACAGACUCUACGAAUAAUAAAAAUUUAGAAGAGGGUCACAAUGUUGUAGAUGCCGAUAUGUGCCCAAACCUGGUUAAAAACGAGUUUCCUAGUAACACUGACCCUUUUAAACACAUGAGUCUGAUGGAGAAUAACAUUAAGUCAUCGCCGGACCGAGACAUUUUGGAGUACGAAGAUGUGGAAACGGAUGAGGAUGUCCAAGGCCUAGCCGACCCUUAUGAGGAUUCAAGCUUUGCGGAGGAGUCGUCUUUUAACGAGGUGCUCGUGUUUAAGCUGCAGGAUACGGGUUAUACAGGCGAGAAACCAUUUGUGUGCAAUGAAUGUGGCGAUUGCUUUUACACCAAUUCACAGCUGGUGGAACAUCAUCGCCUGCACACCACAGAAAAACCAUUUGCUUGCCCCGAAUGCGGAAAACAGUUUGCCAAUCGUGCAAAUGUCGUUGCUCAUCAGAUGGUACAUGUUAAACAUCAUGCGCCUGCCAGAGAGAAUUCCACCGGGGAGGGCCUUAUUGUGUGUGCGGAAUGUGGGUUGACUUUUGUCAACAGCUCCGCCUUUGAGGAGCAUCAAAAAGUUCACCGUCAAGAGAAGGCUUUUGUCUGUCCGGUUUGUGGUAAAAGCUUUAGCAGGAAAGGACAUCUUAGUAACCAUAAAAAAAUUCACAAUGGAGGCAAGCGGAUUGCCUCCUCUGAAGGGGGCAACAAAUGCUUCCCCUACAGCGGCUACACGCGGAAGAGAUCCUUUUCAUGCCCUGAGUGCGGGAAAUGCUUCCCAAGCCGUUGUCACCUCGACAGGCACCAGCGCGUUCAUACCGGAGAGAAACCAUUUUCUUGUUCGGAAUGCGACAGGCGGUUCACCGAUCGCUCAGGCUUGGUCAUACAUCAAAGGAUUCACACAGGGGAGAAGCCAUAUUCAUGCGAUGACUGUGGCAAACGGUUCAGAGACCGAUCCGGGCUCGUGGUCCACCAAAGAACGCACACUGGCGAGCAGCCAUACAAAUGCCUCCAAUGCGGGAAGAGUUUUCACAACCGGACACGUCUCGAGCACCACAAGAGUACCCAUGCGGAGGAGAAUGUCUAUAACUGUCCGCAAUGCGAUCAAGUCUUUCUGGACGUCGCAGCCUUUGCUUUGCACCACCGGACUCAUUUUGCUCAGCUGCCGCAAGUUGCGGGAGCAAAAAACUACCCUCCACAUUUGUUUUCCAAUCAAAAUAAUGACACGCCCCAGUUGUUUUUGUGUCCGGAGUGUGGGAAAAGCUUUGAAGAUCCAUCUGUUCUCUAUCUACACAUAAGAACUCACCAUAGAAGUCAGGCAAAGGGUUUCUCUGAGCCACAGCAGGAUAUUGCUACUGCCGAGCUUUACCAUCAAUCAGAAGACCAACAGUCAGUCGGUCAGAAUUCUCAGGGGACAGACGGGCCACAUGCAUGCUCCCAGUGCAGUCAGAGGUUUUCUGAUCUUACAAGUCUUAGGGCUCAUGAAAAGCAACAUUUAGAAGAGAAGCCCUAUAAAUGUACAAGAUGUGGGGAAUGUUUUGUGCUGAAGGGCUAUUUAAUGAAGCACUUGGAGACUCAUGUGUGAUGGGUGUGUAUGGGGCAUUUUAGGCAGUUGCUAAAUAUGUUCGAUAUGCAUGCCGGGGGGAGCUGAAUCUCAGUUGGAAAGCCAAUUGGUGGCCAGAGAAGAGGUGUAGACCGCAAUGGUACAGGCUAGCAGAUUUGGUGGGCGCUGGCUUAUGGGUCUGGUAGAUGUCCACGAACCCAGCUACCGCCUUCGGGAAACCAGAGGGUUUGUAAAACUGAAUAAAAGUUCUGCACUCAUUUUGUACUUUACAGGGGAUGCAGUUUUAGAUUGUCCCUGUGUGAUGGUGAGGGGCCAUGAUAGUGAGGGGCCAUGAUAGUGAGGGGCUAUGAUAGUGAGGGGCCAUGCCAGUACAGACUGCGCAAAUAGGGAAGGUUGUCUGUGCCUAUUGCAAUCCUUAUCUCUCUCAAAUGGAUGGAAAGGCCAAAGCUGCUACCCGUGUUUCCCCGAAAAUAAGCCCGGGUCUUAUAUUAAUUAUGCCAACAAAAUACACAGUAGGGCUUAUUUUCAGG